AGACGCGCGCCUCGGUCUGUCAGAGUUAGGCUGAGGUGGGAUCUCUCAGCGGCGGGAGGCAAAUCUGGGCGCGAACUCGCGUCGGACGCUGGGGCGACUCGCGAAGGUCCGCCGGUCGUCCAAUCUGGACCUCAGGGCGCUGCUCAUUGGUUAAGUGAACCGGCCGCGCCUUCCCAAUCCGCAGCACGACUCUCUCCCCUCCGCCCCGCGUCCUAAUCAGCUUACUUUCCUCUUGGAGUCGGCCCACUUGUGGCGCCGGGCGAGGCCGGCCACCUGCCUGCCUGCCUGCGAGCAGAAGCGGGAAAAGUCGGCAAGAAUUCAAGAGGGCCGCGCCAGCAAUUCUCCCUCUUUCCUUUGGCACGCGGAAGGCGGUCACGGGCUGCGGUCUCGAGGGCGCUGUGAACGCGUGGACUGAGGAGCCCCGCGGAACUCGUCGGGGUUGAGUUUGGAGUGGACCGCGCCGGCUGAGGCUCGGCGCCUCCGUGGACUGGGCGAAGGCUGACCAUUUUAACUUGAGACAAGUUUGGGAAGCGGGCUGGCUUGCUGGAGCGAAACUCUCCUUUCCCCUACCCGCCAGCGGCGGCUGGAGAAGAGCGACUUGGUUGGUCGGGGCACAGCGGCGCGGUCGCUCGGUCGUUUCGGCAAUGGAGUGGGGCAGCCUGGGUACUGACUCCCGCCAGUCCAGCUGCCGGGAAAGGUGACUCUUUGGCCAACCAAGUUCGAGCGGAGCGCGGCUCUUGCACCGGGCGAGGCGGGCGGCCGCUUUGCUCCCACCACAGAAAAGGAGAGGAGAGGCUUGACCAGAGAAGGCCAUGGGGGCCAACAGCACGGAAGACUUCUCUUCCAACACCACCUGUCCUCCUCCUGAACGGGACCCGGUCCGCAACUACGCCGCCUUGGCCUUGGGAGUCGUCCUCAUCCUCUCUAUCAUCAGCGGGAACUUGCUGGUGUGCCUCAGCGUCUGCACGGAGAAAGCGCUGAAGACCACCACCAAUUACUUCAUCGUCAGCCUCGCCGUGGCCGACCUCCUUUUAGCCAUCUUGGUGUUGCCUCUUUAUGUCUAUUCCGAGUUCCAGGGAGGUGCUUGGUCUUUGGGCCCGGUCCUGUGCGAUGGCUUGAUGACCAUGGACGUUAUGCUAUGCACUGCCUCCAUUUUCAACCUCUGUGCUAUCAGCGUGGAUCGGUUCAUUGCUGUCUCUGUCCCACUGAACUAUAAUCGACGACAGAUUGACCUGCGUCAGCUGAUCCUCCUCUCUACCACUUGGAUCUUUGCUUUUGCUGUGGCAGCCCCAAUUAUCUUUGGCCUCAACAACGUUCCAGACCGGGACCCAUCUUUAUGUCGUCUGGAGGAUCACAAUUAUAUUGUAUAUUCCUCCAUCUGUUCCUUCUUCAUUCCUUGUCCUGUCAUGCUGGUCCUGUACUGCGGCAUAUUCCAUGGACUUAGGCGCUGGGAAGAGACUCGGAAAGCCAAGCUGAAGAGUAGUAUUUAUUUGGGCAAUAGGCAGGUAUAUGGCUCAACACCUGUCAUUGAGAAAAACCAGGAAGAUAUCAAGGCAGGGGAACUCAGCCCCUAUGCCUGCUCUGAUUGCACUUUACCCAGGGAUUACAGUGGCAUUCAAACUAUGUCCUAUCCACACAUCAAAUAUGCACCAAAUGGAGAACUCGGUAGGAAGCCAGCCAAAAUCAAUGGCAGGGAAAGGAAGGCCAUGAAGGUGCUUCCAGUCGUGGUUGGUGCUUUCCUUUUCUGUUGGACUCCUUUCUUUGUGGUGCACAUAACCAGAGCUCUCUGUGAGUCCUGUGUCAUUUCUGGCCAAGUAAUCAGCAUUGUCACAUGGCUGGGUUAUGUCAACAGUGCCCUCAACCCUAUCAUCUAUACAAUCUUCAACACUGAGUUUAGGAACUACUUCCGCAAAGUUUUGCACAUCUUCUGCUAACUCUGCUGGAUUCUUUGUCUAGAACUGAACCCAGAAGAAAGGAGAGUAUAUUGCACGGGACAAAGAGCCAGACCAAUUAUUGUCUUUGUAUAGUUUAAUAAAGCUUUAUUUCUUAUUA